AUGGAUCUAAAUGGUCCAAGUGAAGAUGCACUAGAAUGGGAUGAAACUGACAUAAGUAAUAAGCUGAUCAGUAUUCAUGAAGACUUAAGUGAUCCUGAUCAGGAACUCAAGAAGGAUGAUCUAAGCCAGAAACCUACUUCAGGAGGAUGUGGUGAUAAUGAUGUGAAUGAAGACAAAAAUAACUAUAUGUAUCAGAGUGGAAGCAUAAGCAGGCAUUCUGAGAGUGAGAGUGGCAUAGUGAGUGAAUGUGAUACAGAAACUACAAAUAAUUCAGAAAUUUUUUUGCUAAAUGAUAUUGAAAGCACUCAGAGUAAUCCUGAAAUUGGGCAUGCAGAAACUCAAGUGGAUGAUAUAGUUGAUGUAAUAAAACAAAAAAUAAAGCAAGAUGAAGAAGACCAUGCUAGUCUCUCAGAUGAUUUCCAGUUGGCACCUUCUGCAUGUUGUAGAACUGAAAAUGGUGAGGAUUUGGACAGCAUUACCAUGUGUAACCCUGUUUGUCUAGAAGAACUGCAAGGAAAACAUGAUGUGUUUACAUUUUAUGAUUACUCAUAUCUUCAAGGCUCCAAAUUCAAAUUACCAAUGAUAAUGAAACAAUCACAAAUUGAAAAAACACAUACAGCGGGCAGUUUGUUUCAUGGUAUUUGUCUUGAUAAAAUACCUGGUAAAUCUGAACAUAAGGCUGGAGAGUCACAACCAGAUGGGUUUAUUCAUGACCAUACUCUGGCAAGUGUCCCUGGAGAAUCAGAUCCCAAUUCCUGUAAAUCUGCAGAAACUGUAAGAAAAUUAACUGUUACAGAGAGUACAAGACAGGUUUCAACUUUAUCUCGUAGUUCUUCAUUAGAAUCUCUGUCUGUAGUAGGUGAUUUGUUCAGCUCAGGUAUUUUUAAAGGUGGAGACGGUCUUCAGCGAAGCACCUCUUUGGAGAGCUGGCUGACUUCCUACAAAAGCAAUGAAGAUCUUUUUAGUCAUCAUGGCUCAGGAGACAUAAGUGCAAGCAGUGAUUCUGUUGGAGAGCUCAGCAAAAGGACAUUAGAUCUUUUGAACCGCUUAGAGAAUAUCCAGAGUCCUUUAGAUCAAAAGAUAAAGCACAGCAUCUCUGAUAUAACACUCCAAAGUAGCUCUCAAAAAAUGUCUUUUACUGGACAGCUGUCUCUAGACAUUGCAUCCUCAAUCAACGAAGACUCAGCAGCUUCUCUCACUGAACUCAGCAGCAGCGAGGAUCUUUCUCUCUGCUCUGAAGACAUUGUACUGCACAGAAAUAAAAUGCCAGAUUCAAAUGCAUCAUUUAGAAAACAUCUUAAUAGAUCUGUAGCUGAUGAGAGCGAUGUCAAUGUCAGCAUGAUUGUUAAUGUCUCCUGCACUUCUGCUUGUACUGAUGAUGAAGAUGACAGUGAUUUGCUUUCAAGUUCCACCCUUACCUUAACUGAGGAAGAGCUAGGUAUCAAAGAUGAAGAUGAUGACUCCAGUAUAGCAACUGAUGAGGAUAUUUAUGAAGAAUGCAAUUUAAUUUCAGGACUUGAUUAUAUAAAAAAUGAACUCCAGACUUGGAUUAGACCAAAAUUUUCUUUGACAAGGGAGAAGAGAAAAAGUAACCUCAGUGAUGAAAUUCAGCACAAUAAAGUUAGUAAUGAGACAUCAAAAGCCACAGAUACAUUAAGCAUUGAAACACUAUUGAAUGGUUCAGUACAGAAAAUAUCAGAAAAUAAUGGCAAUAGUAAGAACGUACCACGUGAACGUGAAAAAGGGACAAAGAGUCACCUGAUGAAAGAUAUCUCUCAGGUUGUGAAAGAUCAGCUUGUGGAUGAUAUGGAGAAUGGCAAUGUUGGAAAUACUAUUGGCAGUCAAAAGGAAGGUCUUGUUAGAACAUCAGCAACUCCCCAAACUCAUGCAUCACUUGGUGUCAGAAAAGCUGAAAAUGAAUGUUGUGUCUGUGAAGCAUUUACAGACAGUUCAGAUGAUUCACAUAUGGAUGGCAAGGAGACUGUUCUGUCAUCAGAUGGAUCCAGAAACCCUCCGAAAGAAUGUCAAAGACAUCUUCAGCCUGAUCAUCACUCUCUUGCUUCCUCUCCUGCUAAAAAGCCUUGUCUUGAAUCUUCCUCAGAAAUUAAUUGUGUAGACAUACAAGAUACAGCUUUACAAACAUCCUUACCUAAUGGUCAACAACAUAGAAUAAGCAUUACUGAAAAAUCAACUGAUUGCUGUACAGCCUUGAAAUCCAAUGAAGCAGAAUGCGACUCCUCAGCCAAUGGUCUUGAUUCAUGCUGUAACUGUGAAUCUGCUACUUUUGAUAAAAGAAACAUAGAAGAUGGCUCAGUACACAAUUUUGUGAGGGAGAUAAUAGACAUGGCAUCAACAGCUUUAAAAAGUAAGUCACAACCUGAAUGCGAGUCAUCUGCUCCAGCUUCAUUAGCACAGAUCAAGGAAAAAGUGUUAGAACACUCUCACAGACCCAUUCAGCUGAGAAAAGGGGACUUCUAUUCUUAUCUUUCACUUUCUUCUCAUGAUAGUGACUGUGGAGAGGUAAUCAAAUACAUAGAGGAAAAGAGCAGCACUCCUGUGCCACUGGACUUCACAGAUGAAAGAGAAAAUAUUGAAUGCUUUUUUGAAGCCUGUCCUGAGGAAGAACGGAUUGAGCAGCAGCAAUCCAUUUCUAAUGGUACUCCUGAAGCACGAGUUGAGCAGCAGCAACAUAUUUCUAACACUAUUUCUGAAACGUCUCCAGAGUCACUAGGUGAAGUGACUCUAGAGUCAUUAGAAGAAAUUAAAACUUCAUCUGAAGGUAGGGAUUUAUCUUUCUCAUGUAAUGGUGACAAUGAUAUGAACAUCCCCAAUCCUAACAAACAAAGUGCAUCAAACAAUUUGAAAAAUGCUGCUGAUGAUUUGCUGAUUUCAGAUGGGCAAACUGAACGUUUGGAAAAUAGUUCUCCAGAGCUUAGCACUAAAAAGAGUAGUACAGGAGAAUCACCUGGAUCUGAAGAGCCCAAAGGAUGUGUUGCUGCUUCUGAAGAGGCUUCAGCUAUAGAGUUUCAGUUAAAGCCUGGCCAUUCACAGAAGAAGGAUGCUUUGCAUCAGAACAGUAAAACUCUUACUUGUGAAGAAAAUCUCCUUAAUCUUCAUAAGGAAAGACAUAUAAAUAUGCACAGAUAGAAUGUAACUCUCUCCAGGCACAUACAUUAUCCUAAAAACAGAAACUUGGCUGCAAUUCAGGUGCAGGUUCAUCCUGUAAACCCUGGGAUGACCUCCAAUUCCAUUGUAUCACUGCCUUUCAUUACACUGACUCCCAAGAUAAAUUUUCUUUCCAAACGUGAUUUGUCCAUGUUGGCUUUGUGAUCAGGCUGCAUAUGCUAGUCCUAUUUCAGUGAUCAUUUUGUAUUGUAGCAAGGCCAUUUGCUUUCAUAUGGAUUCCUCUCCCAAGCUACCUCUAAUGACCUCCCCUUCCUAAAUUGGAUGCUCCUGUACUACUUAUCACUAGUUCUGUUCUUUAAAGUUUUGAAGUUCCACAGAAUUCAUGAUCAGUCUGGUUCAUCUUUUCAGAACUGUACCUGUCAAUACUCUUCUAUUUUAUGUAUCAAAUUUAAUAUUUAUGUGUCUAAUGCAUAAGCUUAUUGAAACUAUUUUACUUUUAAAGUGACAAUUUUGUUGGAUUGCAGCAAAAAGAAGUCAUUAGCCGUCCUGAUUCAAUACAUCUAAAAAUUAAACAAUUAAAAUAAAUGGCAUUUUAUUUAUUUAAUUUUAAAAUUUAAUCUAUGCAACACUUCAAGAAACAACUACAUGGUGUUGUAUAUUAGGAACUGUUGACAUUCUACUGAAUUAAGUACAACAUUUUGGUUUUUUAUGCUUCUUGAGGUGGUAAUGAGAAAAAAAGUUUUUAAAAAAUGUGUGCCUUGCUGUAUUUCUUAUACCAUUUAUUAAAAAGCUGCUUUCACAGUAAAAUUAUGUUGGUUUGAAAGGAGAAAAUAGCAAGGUUAAGACGUGUGAAUAAUUUCUGUAUAUAUGUAUAACCAAGUGCAAACAUUGAUGUAUAAUGACAGUAUAAAAUGCUUUCAUGUUUGUGAUGUCCAGUGAUGUGGAAAAUAUAAGCCUUAAAACCAUUAGAUUGCAUGGUAAUUAGAAU